AUGCGCCUCCUAGAUACCCAUACAGGACUGUUCGUCGACUUUAACCCCAAAGACGACGAAGACCCACCCAGAUAUGCCAUCCUCUCGCAUCGGUGGUCUGAUAAAGAGCAGACAUACCGGCAGCUGAGAAAAAUCCAAGCUCGGUACUACGAUGACGAUGGCCGCUAUAGAAAGGAUGGUGGCGAGGACGUGUCCGUGCCCUUCAAUCCCGAAGGCCCUCCGCUUGGCGUUGAACCCGAACCCAUCCCCUCCUCUCCCCCCGCCGACAACUCAGCCCUGAGCCCAUUCUGGGGCGAUCCGGAUCUCAACGCAAAGAUCCGCAAAGCGUGCGAGACGGCGCGGGAGUACGGCUAUGACUACAUCUGGAUCGACUCGGGCUGCAUCGACCAGUCCAGCAGUUCGGAGCUCACCGAGUCGAUCAACUCGAUGUAUAAGUGGUACGGCGAUGCUUCAUUGUGCCUUGCCUACCUCGCGGACGCGAGCGACGUCGCCGAAAGCGGGGAAUCAAUCCAAGGGCAGCUGACCGCCCCCCAGGAGUCCGAGUUCCGCGGGAGUGUGUGGUUCACACGCGGGUGGACUCUGCAGGAGCUCGUCGCGCCGAGACGCGUCGUGUUCCUGUCGAAGGGUUGGCGUUUCCUUGGGACGAAGACUCAUCUAGCUGGACUCUUGGAGAAGAUCACGUCCAUCGAUCAACUCGUCUUGCUACACCAGAUUCCGCUCACGAAGCCCGAGGACCGAGCCUACUCACUUCUCGGUAUUUUUGAUAUCAACAUGCCCACGCCCUAUGGCGAGGGUGAUCGGGCAUUCUAUCGCUUGCAGGAGGAGAUCCUAGGGCGCAUCCCAGACCACAGCCUUUUCGCGUGGCAUGGUAGCCCCAAUUGGGACCCCUUCCUUGUUGCAGGGUUAGAUGCGCUCUCUACGCGGACUAUCGAUGGGUGGACUUCUCUCCAUCUUCUCACCCCUACGUCAUCUGUCUUUGCGGGAUCCACGACGAGGCAAUCCCCCACAAAGACCUGGUUCUCAACCUAUCAGAUCAAAGCCAACGACAACUUCUUCAAGGGGCCAUCCAGUCGCCGUAUGGAAUACAGGAUUGCGUUCCCAGUCGUAUCCCCCCUGCCCAUAUCUAUACAUCGCCAACUUUAG